CGCUCGGGUUCCGCAGCGCGGCGCCAAUCCCCGCCCCCAGUCCUCGGCCUCGGCCCCGCCCCCGCGUCCCGGACGUGCCCGGGCAGUGCACGCGCCCCCCGUGCUCUGCGACCCUGCGCUCGAGCUGCUUGCCGUCGGCACCCUGGGCUGCGCGGUCCUUGGGAGGAUGAGCAAGACCUGUGAAAUGAAGUUCAAAGCAGUGGACAGCCCUUUGGGGAAGAUCGUGAUCUCUGGCUGUGAGCAGGGUCUGCACGGGAUAAGGCUGCUGGGCAGGGAGACCCCCAAUGCUGACCCCUCGGAGGCCCCCACUCCUCCCGAGCUUCUCAGCAGCCCUGGGGAAACGACGGAGCCUCUGAUGCAGUGUACAGCCUGGCUGGAUGCCUAUUUCCACGAGCCCGGGGUCCUCAGCGAGCGCCCCGUGCCUGCGAUUCACCAUCCCCUUUUCCAGCAAGACUCGUUCACCAGGCAGGUGUUAUGGAAGCUGCUGAAGGUCGUGAAAUUCGGAGAAACGGUUUCUUACCAGCAAUUAGCAGCCCUGGCAGGCAGCCCCAAGGCAGCGCGGGCAGUGGGAGGAGCAAUGAGGAGCAAUCCUGUCCCCAUCCUCGUCCCGUGCCAUCGGGUGGUCUGCAGCAGCGGGGCCCUGGGCAACUACUCCGGAGGACUGGACGCAAAGGAGUGGCUUCUGGCCCACGAAGGCAGCCCGGUGGGGAGGCCGGCCUGCGGAGGGGACUCUCAUCCAGCCGGAGCCUGGCUCGGGGACCUGGGGGGCACCACCAGCCCCCAGCCUGCCAGCCGAAAUUGAGUGUUGGCAGUAGGAGCGAGUGUUUGAGUGACACAUCGAUGCCCAGCAGUGGGAAUUGGAAUGGGGGUGCACUGCUGUAUUAAACCAGCCUGAUAGGUCUGGGA